UUUAGGGUUCACAAAGAUCUACUUUCUUCAUUUCUACUACGUCACACUAGAUACUUCGUCUACUCCGUUCCAACGACGCAUCUUUCGUCUUCGGGAACCUCCGACACUGAGCAGCGCUCCGUCGUCUUCCGAUCUUAUCAAUGCCGAUCGAUAAGAUCUUCAAAGAUGAUGCUAGUGAAGAGAAAGGCGAACGUGCCAGGAUGGCUUCAUUCAUUGGUGCAAUGGCUGUUGCUGAUCUCGUUAAGUCUACCUUAGGGCCUAAGGGAAUGGAUAAAAUUUUGCAAUCUACUGGUAGAGGUCAUUCGGUCACUGUUACUAAAACGUUAGGAGCAGAGGUGGAAUGUUGCAUCUGCAAAGAGAAUCUUGUCAUUGGUGACAAAAUGCAGGAGCUGCCAUGCAAGCACACGUUUCACCCUCCUUGCUUAAAGCCUUGGCUGGACGAGAAUAACUCUUGCCCUAUAUGCCGGCAUGAGUUACCGACGGAUGAUCAGAAGUACGAGAGCUGGAAAGAGAGGGAGAAAGAGGCUGAGGAGGAGAGGAAAGGCGCAGAGAAUGCUGUCCGUGGAGGCGAAUAUAUGUUUUUUUGGUUCCUCCGCGGUGACAGGCGAGAGAGAGACCAUGAGGAUAAUGAAGAGGAGGAAGAUUAAUAAAGUAGCAGUGGUAGUAGAGAGAGGGGAAGCCAUAUAUUGUGUAUUAGGAUCAGAUUGUGAUGAUGGAUGGAAGUAAAAGAAAAGAGAGCUCUUGUAUUUAUCAAGAGAGUGUGGAUGGAUUAGCAGUGGCCUGGCUGGAGCCAAUUCAAUAGUUAAAUGGAAACGUGCUUGCUUGUCGCUCAAUAGACAGAAUCAUUACACUAUUUAAGCAAUCAUUAUCGGGAAGUA